UGCAGGUGGUGGCGCCCGGAGGCUGUCGGGAAGGAGGCGGGGUGACGUGAGGCUGACGAGCUCCGCGGCGGGUUUGCCGAGGUCGGUGGCCGGCGGCGGCGGUACCGGUACCGGAGGGGCCGCUUGCUCGAGAGCCGGCGGUGGACGGAGCGGUGUGUGGCCGGGGCCAUGACGAGCAAUGCCGGGGAGUGGUGCCUCAUGGAAAGCGACCCCGGGGUCUUCACCGAGCUCAUUAAAGGAUUCGGUUGCCGUGGGGCCCAAGUAGAAGAAAUAUGGAGUUUAGAGCCUGAGAGUUUUGAAAAAUUAAAAACCUCUCUGAUAGCCACAUAUGUAAUUAACAAUGCAUGUGCUACCCAAGCUAUCGUGAGUGUGUUACUGAACUGUACUCAUCAAGAUGUCCAUUUAGGAGAGACGUUAUCAGAGUUUAAGGAAUUUUCACAAAGUUUUGAUGCAGCCAUGAAAGGAUUGGCAUUGAGCAAUUCAGAUGUGAUUCGACAAGUGCACAACAGUUUUGCCAGACAGCAAAUGUUUGAAUUUGAUGCAAAGACAUCAGCCAAAGAAGAAGAUGCUUUUCACUUUGUCAGUUAUGUUCCUGUUAAUGGAAGACUGUAUGAAUUAGAUGGAUUAAGAGAAGGACCAAUUGAUUUAGGUGCAUGUAAUCAAGAUGACUGGAUUAGCGCAGUAAGGCCCGUCAUAGAAAAAAGAAUACAAAAGUAUAGUGAAGGAGAGAUUCGCUUUAACUUAAUGGCCAUUGUGUCCGACAGAAAAAUGAUAUAUGAACAGAAGAUAGCAGAGUUACAAAGACAGCUUGCAGAGGAGGAGCCUAUGGAGACUGAUGAGGGCAGCAGUAUGUUAAGUGCUAUUCAGUCAGAGGUGGCCAGGAAUCAGAUGCUCAUUGAAGAAGAAGUACAAAAAUUAAAGAGAUACAAGAUUGAAAAUAUCCGAAGGAAGCAUAAUUAUCUGCCCUUUAUUAUGGAAUUGUUAAAGACAUUAGCAGAGCACCAGCAGUUGAUACCACUUGUAGAAAAGGCAAAAGAAAAACAGAACGCAAAGAAAGCUCAGGAAGCCAAAUGAAGUGGGUGCGUUGGGGUGUGGACGCUGCCCUGCGCUGCUGUCACGGAGAGGUGGAAGGGACUUGGAGCCACAUCCUGAAGGACUAGCGCAUGUCUGCAGCAGCAGCGGUGACUUGUCUUUAAUGCAUGGAUUCCAAACUCCCUGCCUGCAUCUUCGGAAUAAAAUGCUGUCAUGAGUGCUUGCUCACAUUCCUUCUUUGACAUUGGGUCUGGACGUACGGAACUGCAGUCAUGAACGUAGAUCAUCUUCAAAUCAUACUCUCUACCUGUAAUUGUUCUAAUGAAACCUCUUGAUGUAUUGGUUUAAGUAUUUCUAAUUAUAAAUGACAGGUCUUAAUUAAACCAGAUCACUUAAGAGAAAAAAAUUAAUUUCUGUCAUAUAUGUUUUGAGAACCUUAAAGCUGGAUUUUAUCUCAUACUGAUUAUUUGAUGUUCAUGUAAACCAUCGUAAAAAAAACUAAAGUACUAUUUCUAGUUAUUUUUUAACUGCUGCCCGUUUUAUCGUAGCAAACUUUCUUCAAAUGUUUGGGGUUGUUUUGUUGUGGAACUGUUUGAGGAAGUCUGAAUAUUAUACACAUUUCAGGUUAAGAACACAUUGUAGGCUGGAGGUUGGAGACUCCGAGUUAAAACCCUAGUAUUGCCCCCCCUCCAAAAAAAAAGUGUUACUCUCAAUUUGGCAACUUUUUCAAACUGUUCUUUAUUGAAAAUAAUCCUGACCGUAGGUCAAUUUAUGUGCUUCAAAAAGGAAGGUGGCAGCCGCAGUAAAGAAUACUUUUACCCUAUUUGAGUAAGUUUACUUCAGCCUCUAUUUCCCUGAGCCUCGGACAAUUUGCGUAUAACAGAUUUUUUUUCCCCCUUGA